GGCGAAUUGUGUUUCUGUGAAAGUACCCAAUGGGAUCGUAUUUUCUGAUAUGCAAGAAAAUUCCGCCCGAGUGUCAGUUCUGCGUUGAGUGAACGCGGUGUGGGAGUGGCUGGUGGAACUGUGCAGGGAGAAGAGGUGCUUUGUGGAACAGGAACGGUCUGCCAAAGUCCCAGUUUGGUUGAUCAAGGACCACUGCCACUGGCUUGUAGGUGGUGGUUAAUCCCAUCAUUAGCUUCGAAGAGGGGCUGUUGCCGUCUGGUGGGUGCAUUUGUGUUUAAAUGGUCUGGACACUAAUGGGAGAUGGGCAGCUGCUUUAGCAAAGACAAGAGGGAUGUGAAGAGAGACUUGGUCUCUGGAUCAGCGCCAGCUGAUCGUCAUGCUUUUCACACUGCCCUUGAUGUCCCCAAUCAGCAAUCAACAGCAAAUAGUCAGUUAGCACAACAACCAAGUGAUGCUGGUGGGAGGUAUUUAGUAGAAUCACGUUUGAAUGGGCCACCAUUGCCAUCUGUACCAGAUAGCACACUUGCUACAGCAAGCAAUGCUAAGGUUUUUGUUGCUUUGUAUGACUAUGAUGCAAGAACAACUGAAGAUUUGAGUUUCAAGAAAGGGGAUCAUCUGGAAAUAUUGAAUGAUACUCAGGGAGAUUGGUGGUAUGCCAAGAGCAGAACAACAUAUCAAGCAGGCUACAUCCCAUCUAACUAUGUCGCAAAAUUGAAGUCCAUUGAAGCAGAGCCAUGGUACAAUGGCAAGAUCAAGCGGAUCGAGGCAGAGAAGAAGCUGCUGCUGCCAGAGAACGAGCAUGGCGCCUUCCUCAUCCGCGACUCUGAGUCGCGCCGCAACGACUACUCUCUGUCGGUGCGCGACGGCGACACGGUGAAGCACUACCGCAUCCGACAGCUGGACGAGGGCGGCUUCUUCAUCGCCCGCCGCACCACCUUCCGCACGCUGCCUGACCUGGUGGAGCACUACAGCCGCGACGCGGAUGGACUCUGCGUCAACCUUCGCAAGCCCUGCAUCCAGGUCGAGAAGCCAGUGACGGCCGGCCUGUCGCACGACACGCGCGACCACUGGGAGAUCGACCGCACUUCGCUCAAGUUCGUGCGCAAGCUGGGCCAGGGCCAGUUCGGCGAGGUGUGGGAGGGCCUCUGGAACAACACCACGCCCGUGGCCAUCAAGACCCUGAAGCCAGGCACCAUGGACCCGAGGGACUUCCUGGCUGAGGCGGCCAUCAUGAAGAAGUUGCGAGACGCGAAACUCAUCCAGCUGUACGCCGUCUGCACGCUGGAGGAGCCCAUCUACAUCAUCACCGAGCUGAUGAAGAACGGCAGUCUGCUGGAGUACCUGCAGAGCAUCCGCGGCAAGGCGCUGAAGCUGAACCAGCUGAUUGACAUGGCGGCCCAGAUCGCGGCCGGCAUGGCCUACCUGGAGAGUCAGAACUACAUCCACCGCGACCUGGCCGCGCGCAACGUGCUGGUCGGCGAGAACAGCAUCGUCAAGAUCGCUGAUUUCGGUCUCGCGCGGCUUAUCAAGGAGAACGAAUACGAGGCGCGCGUCGGAGCCAGAUUCCCGAUCAAGUGGACGGCGCCGGAGGCGGCCAAUUACAGCAAGUUCUCCAUCAAGUCGGACGUCUGGUCGUUCGGCAUCCUGUUGACGGAGCUCAUCACCUACGGACGCAUUCCCUACCCAGGCAUGACGAACGCCGAGGUGCUGCAUCAGGUGGAGCACGGCUACCGCAUGCCGGCGCCACCCAGCUGCCCGCCGCAGCUGUACGACAUCAUGCUGCUCUGCUGGAACAAGGACCCGAUGAAGCGGCCCACCUUCGACACGCUGCAGUGGCAGCUGGAGGACUUCUUCUCGCAGGACUCCACCGAGUAUAAGGAGGCGGCCGGCUUCUAGG